CUUUUGAUAUCCUGGCACAAAGUUUUGCUUAGAUAUAUGAAUUCCUAUGUACGGAAUAUGGAGAAUGGCCAACAUUUAAACAGACGGGAUCAACAACAAAUUAUUCUCUUCUAUGGACUCUACUUUCGGAUUUGGAAACUGCAUUCUCGAGUUACCAAACUUUGGUUAAAGAUAGCUGGACCCCUAUUUAGCAGCAUUUUUUCCCUAACAUUGAAUAUGUCCGAAGAGUUAUUUGACAUUAUCUAUAAACAAGGACAACCCAUGGAGAAGUGGCAUUCUUUCCUUACGUUCCACAUUGGCCACUGUCUGGCACCUCCUAUGCGAAUCUUCCUUUUGGGUUUCUGCAACAAUCGCAUCGAGGAACUAACCAUACUCUUACAUCGACAAAUCAUGCUCAUUAACUUGUUGCACGGAAAAAAUCAAAAAUAUUCAGCAGAAGAAAUAAUAUUCACCAGACUGAUGGAUUGUGAGUUCAACUGUUUUGUUCUGCAGCAGCAAACGCGACCGAUCAGAAAUCAUAUUUGGCAUGUGGGACAAACGAUUAACAACGAGUUCCUUUUACUAUAUCUUUGGAUCGGUUUUUUGAACGCGAUGUCCGAUUUGCAGUAUGAAUUCGCAAAUGUACAUGAAAAAGUAAAUGAAGUUCUGCCGUUUAGGAACAAAAUACAAUAAGUAAAAAGGAAGCAGUUUUAUACCCUCUAUAAUUCGAUCGA